AUCGAUUUUAUAAGUUAUUCAUCAAACAAAAUGAGUUUUUGUAGGAUCGAAUAUGACCAGCGAAUCACAGUGAAGGAAAAAUGGCAUCUUUGAAGUGCAAGGAAAUGCUUUGUUUAGCUUAUUCAGGAUUAUUAUUCGUUUCUGGAAUUAUGCUUAUUGCCUUUGCUUCGGUUUUACUGUACAGGGUAUUUUAUCAUUUUGAUUAUAUACCUAAUAGCACCAUAGGACCUUUGAUAUUACUGAUUUUACUUGGAUUCGCCCACAUUUUAAUGACUUGGUUGGGAGUGAAAGGACCUCCACGGGAACACAAUUUCCACAUAGUGAUGUUUAUUGUAUUCACAUUCGUCUUACUCAUUUUGGAAUUUGCGAUAGGAGUAUGGUCAAUGAUUUUAUGGGACGAAGUAUCUGUUUUAUCGACUGAUUUGAUGACUGAAGCUUUUAAUACUUUGCUACGUGAUCAAGUAUACAAUAAAGAUUGGGCGAAGUUGCAAACUCAGCUACAGUGUUGUGGUCUACACGGCCCCAAAGAUUAUACUGCAUUUACAUCAGAAGCAAGCACCUUGCCCUUCAUUUCCUGUAAAAAUAAUGAACUAUCUAAUGCCACUGAAAUAAUUCCUCAUGAAGAUGGGUGCCAAAAAAGACUCAUUAAAUAUGCUGAAGGCAUCCUAAUUGAAAGUGCAGUAAUAGGAUUUUUGUCUGCAGUGUUUCAGGGAUUGGGAGCCUUUGUAUUUUAUACAUUUUUCCAAACACUCAGAGGAGAGAGAGCGAAUAGAAUAGCAAGAAGGACAGAAAUUCAACGUCAGAUGUCUGCACAGAGUCAGCAGUCUCAGACUUUGUUGCCACAUGCUUCUGCCACUACCCCACCAUUGGCGGCAUCUCCGCCCCCAGCGCCACAACCUUAGUGAAUGAUAUUCGAAUGAUAUUCAUAACAAUUUUUGUUGAUUUGUUUACUUUUGCACAUUUUAUACAAUUUUGUACUGUGACUUUACAUUAUGAUUUUUACGCACGUUUUUACCUAGGUCUAAGAUAUAAUUUAUUACAUAGAGUAUGUAUGCUUUUGAAUGUCAGGCCAUGGCAGACGAUUUCUGAAUAAAACAAAUUUAAAUUAUGAA